CACAGCUUCUUCAGACAGUUCAGAAUGGCAAAUUCGCUGCAGUUGUUUACUCCGGCAAAAAUCACGGACUCCUGGUGUUUGGUUUGCUGCCACGCCGAGGUCUCUCGUCGGGCAACGUUGUAUUGGGGAAAUCAAGGACCCAUUUGCGACGGCUGCUACAAAAAAAUACAUCUUCAAGCAGCAGCCACUGAUGCACACAACACACAACCACAUCAUCGUUCUAGAAUGGAAAAUUCCCUGGAGUUACCCACUCCUAGGAAACUCACCGACGACAAAAGGUGGUGCUCACUGUGCUGCGACGCCGAGGUCCCUCAACGCGCAACCCUGGAGUGUCCAAAAUACGGACCUCUUUGCCGCCGCUGCUACAAAAAUAUCUGGGAGUUGUGGGAAGAGUGCAAGUGGAUCGGACGUCGAUAACUGUUGCCGAUUAUUAUUAUUGGAA